AUGGACACGGAACCCUGGGAGAUUUCGGCGGGGUUUCAAGUGCUGAGCUGGCGCUUCACUGUGCACUCCCAGCGGCCGGAGUCCUAUGCCCAGGUAUACCCCUUGGUCAACACCCUGAAUCCCAGGGCUGUGCAUGGCUACUCCUUCGGGAUUACGGUCAAGGGCGUGCUGCCCUGUCUGGUGACCUUCGCCCUGCAGCCUUUGGAUAGCGACCAGCGCGAAGAGGAGGAAGACGAGGAAGAAGAAGAAGAGGAGGAGGAGGAGGAGGAGGAGGAGGAGUACUGCGUAAAGAUUUGCUUCCACGAUGUGCCUGGCCGGUACGGCUUUGCGGACACCUUUACGUGCGGCCAAGGGCGCUGUCGCAAGGCUAGCCGGCCCCGGCCCUGCCGCGCAGACACUGAGGAUGCGCCGGUCUACUUUUCCUCCUACCCAGUGUGUUGGCGACAAAUCGUGGAUGGUCUCGACAUCGACGUCUACUUGUUGCAGGGAUUUUCCGCUGGCAUCAUGGCCCAAUACCCCUCUGCGAACUGCUUGUCAGACUUCGACCUUGGGCACGAUACCAGCGACUUCCAGGAUUGCUGGCAUGAAGUGAUCACACUCGUCAUGGAUUCCAGAGAGUUCCACAUUUACAAAAGGCCGGCCUGCGCACGCUUGCCCUACGUCCGGACCUGCCUGGACUCUGCAAUGGUUCAGGACCCGAAGUUUGACCACGACUACGAGGAGGCCAUGGAUUUGAUCGUAGUGGCAGACUUCCUCGGCUACGAGGCCCUUCUGGAAAAGCUGGUGCGGCUCAUCAUCAGAGAGCUCCAGGCAGAGAAGUCGCUGAAGGCAACUUUGGCGGUGUGGAAGCGUACAGAAUCAGCUUUCCCCCAUGGACAGUGUGCCCCACUCAGGCACGCUUGCCUGUGCACAGCCUCGCUGCAAGUGCUGGCGCAUCUUUGCCGCCAGUGCAAUUCCAUGUACCUCGACGACCUUCUGAGGCGCGAGGUGCGGGACCUGAAGAGCCUGGAGCGGCUCAUAAAGUGUACAGCUCCAGACGCGCAGGCUGCCGGCAGCGGGGCUGCGGAUGUGACAUCCGAUCCAUCGCCUGUCAAAGCUGACAACCGUUUCCGCCUGGCGUGUGCCUGGGCGGCUGUGCUGGUGCUGGUGACCGGGGCGGCAGAGAUGAGUGCAAGCACCGCCUACGGGAAGUUUGGCACCGAGAGCGCUUUCUCGCUGCCUCCCCGUGUCGGAUGGUGGCUCAUGGAGCUUCCAGUGACCGUGUCGUUCCUCGUCUCCUUCUUUUGCCUGCCGGGCAAGCAGAAGCACCACCUGGCCCCGCGGAUCUGCGCCGCGGUCAUGUGCCUGCACUACAGCUACAGGGGCUGGGUUUACCCCUAUUUGCUCCGACCACACCCUGGGGCUCGCAGCAACUUCUCACUGUUGCCAGCUGUCGGCGGCUGGAUGGUGACGGUAACCCAUGGCUGCCUGAACGGCAGGUGGUUUGCAGAGCAUGGAGAUCAUUUGACCAACUCCUGGUUGCGGAGCUUCCGGUUCCGCUUUGGCCUGCUGGUGUACUUGACCGGCUUCGCCAGUUUGGUCUACCACGACCACCUCAUGCGCGAGCUGCGCUCCAGCCCGGGCCCGCGAUAUCGCAUCCCUCACGGGGGUCUUUUCGAGUAUGCCACCCAAGCGGUGUACUUCUGCGAGCUGUGGGCGUGGUUGGGUUUCUUCCUCAUCAGCUGGGGCCCCAACGGCCUCUUCAUCUUCUGCGUGUCUUUGGCGAAUCUGGCGCCCCGCGCCGCAGCCUCUCACCACUGGUACCUCGACAAGUUCGGUGCGGAGCUACCCGGUUGCAGGACGGUGGAUGAGUUGCGCUUCCGGUCAGAAACUGCCAGCUUGUCGCGGGCUGGACUGGGUAGUUGGGCAGCCCUCUCGGAGAGCCAUGCCCUCUUUGCAGCGGUUGAAGCGCAGUAA